AUGCUGGCCAACCCAACACCAUCAAGCAUCAUUGUGGCGAUCUCAGCCAUUGCUGCCCUCCAGCAGCAACUUGGGUGGCAAUCAAUCCUCAGCGACCCUGCCUUCCCUCACACCCAGGUGGUGGUGAAGCGAAUGCAAAAGAAGGUCAGGAAGCACAAGAUUGACAAGGAGGAGACAAAGCCACCUGAGCUGAUGGAUUCUGAGAUUGACACCACCUUCCACAAUCUUCUGAGCACACCUGCCAGCAUCCAGUCAAAACUCUACCUCAUCCUCCUGUGGUUCCUCAACCACCACUCCAGCAAGACCAUCAAGAAGACUGUUGGUGAGGUGGUCAUCAACAAGGAGCAGCAGUGGGUCGAAAUCCAUCAGGGAACAUACAAGAAAAAUGUGAGCACAAAGUCCAAGGCGGAUCCACUUGCCU